AUGUUUUUAUUUUUUAGAAGUCUUAUUCCAAGUUAUAUACGUGAUUCUACUGUUGCUGUGGUUGUUUAUGAUAUAACAAAUUCAAAUUCAUUUCAACAAACAUCAAGAUGGAUUGAAGAAGUUCGUGCAGAACGUGGUAAUGAUGUUAUUAUAAUGCUUGUCGGUAAUAAAACUGAUUUGGCUGAUAGAAGACAAGUAUCAACACUAGAUGGUGAAGAAAGAGCAAAAGAUUUAAAUGUUAUGUUUAUUGAAACAAGUGCUAAAGCAGGUUAUAAUGUUAAACAGUUAUUCCGUCGAGUAGCUGCGGCUUUACCUGGCAUGGAUACACCUGACCCGGAAACUGGAUAUAAAAAUAAUGUAACGCUUUCAUCUAAUGAUUCAAAAGAUGAAUUAAAACCUAAUAAUCAAAGUUAUUGUCGAUGAGUACUUUCUUCUAAUCAAGGUUCUGUUCGAAUUUGUAAUCAAGGAGCAUAUGUAGCUAAAUGUGGUCUAAAUUCACGAACUGCCGAUGGCCGUACUCGUUCAUAUGAAACAGGAAAUUUUUUAGCCGGUCAAUGUUCUUUACUUGAACUUCCCUAUGAAGCCGUAUGGGGUCAUGUUUGGUGUGAUAAUUAUGUCUUCAUCGCUAUUACUAAACGUAUUUUUCAAGAGGAUUUCCACGCUCCAUCUGUUCGUUGUUAUCAAAUUACCGGAACAACGUUUCAUCCAGGAAUGAAUGGGCCACAUUGUUAA